GUAGUGGCUGGAGGGUGCCGGGAUAUGGCUUCAGAGGAGCUAGCGCAGAAGCUGCAGCGGCGGCUACAGUUGGAGGAGAGUGGGGCGGCGGGUGAAGUGGCGGACAAGGGUGAGGUGGUGCCUGAGGUGACAGCCGAGGUGGAGCGGGGCUCCCUUACGGCCCGGGCGGGUGCGGAGCUGAGCGCCAAGCUGUGCCGACGGCAGGAUAUCAACGAGGGGGCGGCGCAGCCUCGCCGGGCCGCUGUCUUCAACCCAUACACCGAAUUCAAGGAGUUCAGCCGACGGCAGAUCAAGGACAUGGAGCGCAUGUUCCGCUUGUAUGACUCAGGACGGGAUGGGUACAUUGACUUGAUGGAGCUGAAGCUGAUGAUGGAGAAACUGGGAGCUCCACAGACCCACCUGGGACUGAAGAACAUGAUUAAGGAGGUGGAUGAGGACUUUGAUGGGAAGCUCAGCUUCCGUGAGUUCCUGCUGAUUUUCCAUAAAGCUGCAGCUGGGGAACUUGAGGAGGACAGCGGCCUGUUGACUCUUGCGAAGCUCUCAGAGAUAGAUGUCUCCCUCGAGGGAGUCAAAGGAGCCAAGAACUUCUUUGAAGCUAAGGUUCAAGCUCUCUCUUCGGCCAGUAAGUUUGAAGCAGAGAUAAAAGCUGAGCAGGAUGAGCGGAAGCGAGAAGAGGAGGAAAGGAAACACCGCCGAGCAGCUUUCAGGGAGUUGCAGUCUGCAUUUACCCAGUAACUGACCAGCCAAUACACACUCUGAGAUUGCACAUGACUUGGUACGUUUCCCAGAUCAGGGCUCUACCAGGAGAGAACUGCCUGGAUCCUGCCUAAAAUUCAUUACAGCUUUGCUAGCCUUCCUGUCAUGAAGAUCCUCCUGAGUUUUUUAAGGGCACAACUCUUGCAGUUACUAUGCAUUUAUAACAAUGUGAAUUCUAAGAGCUGUGUACAUACUGUUUGCUCUGAACUGUCAGGAGCACAUCACCCUGAAGCAGAAAGAGC